AAUAUACAAGAAAAACAAAAGCGCCGAAAGAGAAAGUGAGAGAGAUGGAGUUGAAGAAGGUGGGAUUGGUGCUUUUCUUGUUAGGAUUCACAGCAACUACUGUGGAUGCUACUGGCUUCAACCCUAGUUCCCUCAUCACUCAGCUGCUCCCACAAAUCGAGGGUGAUUCUGAUGAUAACUAUGUCAAAUCCAACACCGAACCGUGCUGUGAUAACUGUCUUUGCACAAACUCAAUUCCUCCCAAAUGCCAAUGUACGGAUUGGGCAGAAGACUGCCACUCAGCUUGCAAAGGGUGUAUUUGUCAGAGGAUAUGGCCUCCUCGGUGUCGAUGUUUCGAUGAAACUGACACAUGCUAUGACAAAUGUACCAGCACCUCCCAAGAAACUGCCAAAGCUCAUGAUCGCUACAACUAAGCAAGCAUUUCUCUUGUGUGUGUAUGCAUGCAUGCAUGCCAAUAUAACUAUAGUAUAUAUUUAAAUAAGACAAUACUUGGCCAAGCAAUUUGUUUUUCUGCAAAUUGCUUGUCAUAGUGUUUGUUGUUUUAGUUUUAUUUUGUUUUUCUUUUAUCUUUCUAUGAAAUAUAGGGAGAUGUUGGGAGGUUUUUUCUUUUAUUUUUACCUUUAAAUGACUUCUGUGAUCUGAUGUAGUUGAUCAAUCUUAAUGGGAUAAGUUCCAAUAAUUUUAAAGA